GCGGAACAGCAGCAGCCAGCAUCAUCGAAGCCGAAUGGAGUAAUCACAAAGAUAUUAUUAUAGACAGCGUUUCUGUUAUUACUUAGCAGCAUUGUUUACACAGUUCAAACACCGACACCAUGGCAGACGACCAGUCCUCACAAUCCUGGUCAAUCGACAAGGAUGACUACGAACUCAAUGAGGUGAUAGGGAGUGGAGCCACUGCAGUUGUACAGGCAGCAUACUGCAAACCCAGAAAGGAGAAGGUGGCCAUCAAACGCAUCAACCUGGAAAAAUGUCAAACUAGCAUGGAUGAGCUCCUGAAAGAGAUCCAGGCUAUGAGCCAGUGCCACCACCCAAACAUUGUGUCUUAUUAUACCUCUUUUGUGGUGAAGGAUGAACUGUGGCUGGUGAUGAAGCUGCUAAGUGGUGGCUCAGUGUUGGACAUCAUCAAGCAUAUCAUCUCUCGUGGGGAGCACAGGACUGGAGUGUUGGAUGAGGCCAGCAUCGCCACCAUCCUCAAAGAAGUCCUUGAGGGUCUGGAGUACCUUCACAAAAAUGGGCAGAUUCAUCGGGAUCUGAAAGCUGGCAACAUUCUUCUUGGGGAAGAUGGAUCCGUGCAAAUUGCUGACUUUGGUGUGAGUGCCUUUCUAGCAGCAGGAGGAGACAUGACCAGGAACAAAGUUCGGAAGACAUUUGUGGGGACACCGUGCUGGAUGGCCCCUGAGGUCAUGGAGCAGGUCCGUGGCUAUGACUUCAAAGCUGACAUCUGGAGCUUUGGCAUAACAGCCAUUGAGCUGGCCACUGGAGCUGCACCAUAUCACAAAUACCCACCGAUGAAGGUGCUGAUGCUGACUUUGCAGAAUGACCCUCCCUGUCUGGAGACGGGCAUCACAGACAAGGAAAUGGUGAAGAAGUAUGGCAAGUCCUUCAGGAAGAUGCUCUCCCUGUGUUUACAGAAAGAUCCAGAAAAAAGGCCAACUGCAGCUGAGUUGCUGAAGCAUAAAUUCUUCACGAAAGCCAAAAACAACGAGUAUUUGCAGGAGAAGCUGCUGUAUAAAGGUCCAACAAUAACGGAGCGAUCCAAAAAGGUGCGUCGCGUGCCCGGGUCGAGUGGCCGUCUCCACAAGACGGAGGACGGCGGCUGGGAGUGGAGCGACGACGAGCUGGACGAGGAGAGUGAGGAGGGCAAAGCUGCUGUGGCAGCUCUGCGGUCACCCAGAGUGAAGGACGGGUCCCAGAAUAUGGAGCUUUUCCCAGCAGCAGAUGGCACCACGGGACACCUGCGGCCACCUGGAGCAGCACCUGAUGUGGGCCAGACAGCAGAGGAUGCUCCACCACAGGCUCCCACUCAGACAGUGAGCCCUACACACGCACCCACUGCUCAGGAUCCAGCUGCAGUCAAUGUCAGUGUUCCCAUCAGCCUUGUCCUGAGACUGAGAAAUCCCAAGAAGGAACUGAAUGACAUUCGAUUUGAGUUCAUGUCCGGCAGAGAUUCUGCUGAUGGAGUUUCUCAGGAGUUGGUCUCAGCAGGUCUGGUUGAUGGGAGGGACUUAGUCAUUGUUGCUGCCAAUUUACAGAAGAUUGUUGAUGAUCCUCAAAGUAACAAAAAUGUGACAUUUAAAUUGGCAUCUGGUGUGGAGGAGUCUGAAAUUCCUGAUGAUGUUAAACUCAUUGGAUUUGCGCAGCUCAGCAUCAGUGAAGUCAAGUAGAGCCAGCAACAAAGGACAGAAACGAAUGGUAUUGCACAGCUGCAUUUGUAGUCAAUUCCAAGAAACCACUACUGCCAAAGAAAGGAGGAGGGGGAGGAGCAGGAGGAGGAAGAGGUGGAGCAGGAGACAUGAAGCUGGCAGGAGUGUGACACUACUGCAGGAUGCAUGAGGACCACGUUGAGAAGCGGCUCAGUUCAUCACAGGAAUCACACUUGAAACGUUUACAGUGCGCUUAUACAGUAAAUGGGAGAAGAGAUGCAAUCAAAUAUAUCAACUCCUAAUUCCUUUUUUUUUUUUUUUUUCUUCCUUUUCAUACAUAAGCACAAUCUAAACCAUCUCCUGCCAGUACUGGAAGUGAUUGCCUUUUUUUUUUGUUUGUUUGUUUUUCUUCUUUUAAUCAACUGUGCCACAAAACUCAAGAGUGUCGUGCCACCGUUAUAUGGCACUUUAUCCUACACUGAAAUUGAAAAGUGUAAAUUCAGCCUUAGUUAGUCAAAGAAUAGAUUUUACCAGUGUAUUUGGUGAAAAAUUGAGGUUAUCCAUGAUUAUUAGGUGUAUUCUGUGUACGCCUGUCCAAGAAAUUUAAGAAAAUCUUGAUAACACUGAUACAGAUAAGUUCCAAAAACGCUGACUGUAGCAUAGUUUUAGUUUUGUAAUUCUGUAAAUUCAGAUGGAUUUUUACUCAAAUUCCAACAACAUGACCAGAUUCCUGUAUGAGGCAAGGCAACGGGUGUGGUGUGGUGGUUUUGUCAAAACAGAACCUAAGAGUUCAGGCUCUGACUACACUGCUGAAAUAAUUCAGUUAUCCACAGAUCAACUGUAACUGCUCUCCUCUCUCCCUGAACUGCAGUUACAACACUUUGUCAGAUGGCGUUCUCCCGAGGUAUUCGAAGACAGGAUUAUUUUCACAGAUUGAGACCUGCCUAAUGUUCUUGUACUAUGCAAUAGGUAUUUUCUUUUCACCAUAUGUGACCACUGGUUGCUGAGAGUAUUUCUCUUGGGUUGAAUUGAACCACUUUUCAUGCUUGUACCUCUCUAGGAGUUCAUGAAGUCAACCAGCCAGACAGGCAGCUUUAGGAACCUGCAGCGAGAAUUUACUUUCAUUUACACAAGCAGUCAGCGGCGUGAAAACUUGACACGCCCACAGGCAGACAUGGGUAAUAAUUGCUGUUUUCACUGUAGCCUUGUAAGAGGUAAUUUAGCCUGUUUACCAUUAUUGAUCUAACAGCUGGGAAGAAUCCUGAAUGCUGGCAAUGAGUGUCGAGCCUGGCUGCUCAUGUUGCAGGCUGACUGCUGAUGAGCUUCUAUGGAGAGGUACGCACCCUCAAAAACUGAAAAUAUUCUACCUAAUUGAAAUAAAGUUUAAAGGGCAACUUCAUCUAAAGGGCAAGAAAUAGGAAAAAAAAACAAAAGAAAAACCAGAUUGUGUCAGUUACCUCUGGUGGGAUUUAGCCAUGCAGAUAGUUUUGGUCUUAUUUGCUGAGGUUUAAGAUGUUUGUCUCCGAGAUUUCUGCCUCCACUCUUGUACACUGAAGGUGAAAGGUCAGUCCACCACGUUGAUCCAGACUGAAAUGACUCAAAAGCCAUUGCAUGGAUUGCCAUGAAAGUUGUGACACAUUUUCAUGGUUCCUAAAGGAUGAUCCCUCCUCCUCCUUUUCAUUGAGUGCUACCACGAGGUCAGAAUUUCAAUUAUUGGAAUACAUUGCUUGUAGAAAGUGUGAGCAUGCUAAGGAUGGUAAACAUCAGCAUGUUGCCAUUGUCUGAACACCUUAAGAUACUGACAUUCAGUAAUGCUCAGAGAGCUGCAAGCUAGACUCACAAAAAAAUUCCAUUUACCUCCAUUGUAUUGAGAGGCAGCAGGAAGCUUAAGACUGAUCUCUCAAAUCCGCAGCAAAUAAAACCGAAACUGUCUGUAUACCACGGGAGGUGGUGGUGUCGAGUGAAGUAACCCUUUAAACUUUUCCAGAGGCCAGUCAUUAGUAUAGUUUUUUUUUUUUUUUUUUUGUCACCAGGCAAGUUGUUUUGACAGUACUGUAGUCUGUUUGCUUUUUAAACACUCACCAACGAAUCACUGUCAUCACUCCCAGUGUAGCUGUAUGGUUGUUUUGUACCGCGUGCAAAGGGCUGUGAACUAGCUCCUAGCUCAGGUACUGAUGUAAAAGGUGUAUGUAAAGAUGUUGUAAAUGUAUGUAUGAUGGCAACUCCAUGCACUGUCACACAAACAUGAUGAGGUUUGUAUGUAAUGAUGUAGAUGCAUCGACUGUUUCAGUGUACAUGUCAGAUAAAAGGAACAUUCACUUGUAAAUAUUGAUUAAGGCAAACAGAUUGAGACUCAUCAUGUUCAGUAGACAGUCUAAUUUGUUAUGUAGUGUUUCCCACUGUUGGCCUUUGUCAGAGCAUCACUAAUCAUGCACAAAUAUUUGUUCAAUUGGCACCUUAUUGAUCUGUUAACAUGCGUAUUUUUGGAAUUACAUGGGGCUUGUAAUCACACACUCUGUGCUUUGAUGUCAUGAUAUGCAUUUUUUCCUCACUGACACCUGUCCAAGGUUAAUGGAUGAAAUGUCAUUUUAAUAAGACGGAUGACACAGGUUACACUUCUCUCUCCCUGUGGGUGUGUGGGCGUGCAUGUGUGCAAGUGAGAGUGAGUGUGAUUUUGGUGAUAAAUGAUUGCUCAUCAAAGACUUUGAGCUUAAUGUCAUUUAGAUUUCUAAAUUUCUUUCCCUUUUAUUGUUUACUCAUCAGGAAGCCAUUGAUUCUGCCUCUUUAUGGGGUCACUGAAUGAUUAGUAUUAAUUUGAUCAUUUGAUUGGCAAGUACAGUUUUUUUUUAACUUUGUUUUUUACAAAUCAUUACAUAUAUUUUUGAAAUAUGAUUAAUUAUAACAUGCACAUCAACAAAUGCAUAAUUUGAAGUGGAAUAUUUGUCUUUGUUGAUAACAUACAAAGAUUCCUUGACAUAUAUAGAAUAUUAGAUAAACACAUGCAGGUGAUUUUUCGUAGCUGAUUAAAGUCACAUG